AUGCGAGGUCGAAACAUCCACUGUCGCUGUUCGAAUCUUUCUGAGGGUGUUGAUAAGACCAAUUCGAGGUCGAAACUGCAGUCCACUGUCGCGGUUCGAAUCCCGCUGAGGGUGUUAACUGCAGUCCACCUCGGCCGUCGCGGUUCGAAUCCCGCUGAGGGUGUUGAUAAGACCAAUGCGAGGUCGAAACUGCAGACCACUGGUGCCUAG